AUGCCCAAGGAGAUCGACAUCAAGCGCCGGCGCACCCGCAAGGACUACGUCCUCCACCAGACAUACCGAUCACGAUGGUUCGACAACGACAUGUACGCGCACCUAAAUAACACUGUCUACGCCCAACUCUUCGACUCGAUAAUCAACCACUACCUCAUAACUGACUGCGGCAUGGACCCUCACAACCACAACUCCUCCUCCGCGCCUGGUCCCUCAAAACCCAAGAACACAAUAAACCCCUCGGGGCAAGUUGCUAUCAUGGUGAAUUCGUACUGCGACUACUUUGCGUCCGUCUCGUACCCAGAUGUCAUUGAUCUAGGCCUCCGGGUGAACAAGCUUGGGUCGACGAGUGUGAUGUAUGAGGUGGGUGUGUUUAAGCAGGGUGAGGAUGAUGUUAAGGUCGUCGGGGGCUAUACGCAUGUUUGGUGUGAGAGGGAGAGUAUGAGGCCUGCUAGGGGGGGCAUGGAGAAGGGGAUCCGAAGUGCGCUGGAGAGGUUGAUGGUUAGAGAGGAGGCGAAGAUUUAG